CGUUUACCCAGAAUGCCCACUGUCUGCUUUUGGAGCGGUCUGUGGUCCUCUUGGUGUUCUGCACCAGAGUUCACUUUAACCGAACUCAGCCGAGGUUGGUAGGCGGACCAGUUUGAUUAGCGUUCACACUUCCUCAAACGAACCGGACUUUCUAGACAAACGGACUGGAGUUGCAUUAUAAAAGGUGGGAAUUCACUCAACAUGUUCAGAAUCCGGGUCUUUGUUGGAGAAACUCUGGUUACGGCAGAAACAAACCUGGAAAUUCAAUUAUUUUAUUUCAGAUCUAGUUUCACAGGUUUCUAAUCUGUUAUUCCCAUCACUGCUGCCCUCUAGUGGCCAGCCUGCAUGUGGCAGCCUCUUGCAAAUCACAUCCAUCCCCAUCUCUAGUUUGCAUGUUGAGUAAAUUACAUCCAGACUGGACAGGUCCUGCAUGGUGACGAGCUGAUUUCAGUUUUCAUGUGAAACUGUUCAAAAGAAAUCAGCUGCUAAUAUGAAGGCUGACAUCUUGAUCCUCUCACAGCAGCUGGAAUAAUCAAUAACUCAGCGCAGACCUAAUCUUUCAAAUUGAACCAUCAGUUUAAAGAAGUUGGCGCCACAGAAGCGGCUCGGCGGUCCCGGCGCUCCGGGUUCCUCUGAGUGGGGAUGAUUGGAGGAGGAGGAGGAGGAGACAGAGAGGGAGGUGCAGCAGGCAGAGGGAGGAGGAGGACGGCAGCCCAGUCUGCGCUCGGCUCAGGGAGACGAAGCCCCGCGUCCACCUGCUCCAGCUUUCAACAAGUGCAGACGAGACAAACGGAGCUUAAGAAGUGGAUUUCCUCUCCAAACAAACGGCGAAACUCAUCCUGCCUCGUCCCACCGGAGCUGGAAAACCAGAGGAACUCCAAACAUUCCCGUCAAGAGGAGGAAGAAGCUUCAACUCGUUACGAACACGACACGAUGUUUGGAGUCCGGCGUUUUUCCUGGUGUUAAUCUGGAGAUUACAGCUUCCCACUGGAAUAUGUUCUGGUUGAAACAUGCAUCAAGAGACUGUUGGAAUCAAUUUUAAUGGAUUAUCUCAAGAUAAGAGUCCACAGUUCCACAAAUGAGCUGCUGAUUUUAUCUGAUGAGGGAGACCAUCGGGCCGGAUGAUGAAGCCUUCUGCCUGACAGGACGUUGUGGAAGUCCCUGCUGAGUAUGCAGGACGCUGCGAGGCCUCGGAUGCUUGGCUUCGCCCUGCUGUGGGGCGCGAUUCUCCUACAUAACGCGUCCGUGGCGGCGUGUCCCUCCAGCUGCCACUGCAUGGACAAGAACGGCUUGACGGUGGUCCAAUGCAUGUCCCGCAACCUGGAGAGGAUCCCCCCAGACCUCCCCAGAGACACAGUCGUCCUGCUUCUGGCGGCCAACCACAUCACCCACAUCCCCAACCACGCCUUCAGAGAGCUGCACUACCUGCAGGAGCUGGACCUGUCCAACAACGACAUCGAGACGGUGGACAUGGGCGCCUUCCUGGGCGUCUCCGACAGCCUGCUGGUGCUGGACCUAUCCAACAAUCACAUCCAGAGCGUCCCCAAGGAGGCGUUCGCCCGGCUGCGGGCCAAAAUCAGCCUCUCCAACAACCCGUGGCACUGCGAGUGCACGCUGCAGGAGGUGCUGCGGGAGCUGCGGCUGGACCCGGAGACGGUCAACGAGGUGAUCUGCCACACGGCGGUGCAGGAGGAGUACGCCGGCAAGCCCGUCAUCCAGGUGCUGGACUCAGGGAUCAACUUCUGCAACUUCCACCACAAGACGACCGACGUGGCCAUGUUCGUCACCAUGUUCGGCUGGUUCACCAUGGUGAUCGUAUACGUGAUCUACUACGUCAGACACAAUCAGGAGGACGCCAGGAGGCACCUGGAGUACCUCAAGUCACUGCCCAGCAACUCUCAGAUCAGCAAGGACUUUGACACCAUCAGCACGGUUCUUUAACAGGAGACGACAGCUGAAGGAAGCGUCUAGAUACGCCGCGAUGGACGCAGAGUUCUGGGAAAACAGUCCUGGUGGGGUCACCACGAACCUUUUCGGGUUGGUUGAGUCUCCUGACAUUUUCCACCAGUCAUGAUAAAGGCUCAUAAUCUCUGUUUGCAAACACAACAUUCAAACCCACAGAGUAUUUUACUUGGGUCACAUUAAUAAUCCACUUUGAUUCUUGGUGGAGGGAAAAUCCAGAAUCGAUCUCAACCUGUGAGUUGAGGACUUUUCCCCGAGUAGCUGCAGGGUGUGAGGUUUUUAAAACAAAUCAGUUGAUAUCAAACUGUUGUCACCUGGAGGUCCAGUAGACUCUGUUAGGAACCAGAACAUCUGCUCCUCCUCCAGCUGCUGUGGUUCCGAGUCAAACCAACAUGUUCCCCUCCUGGCCUGUGGGGGCGCUGCACCAAGAACCACUGAAGGAAACGACCCUAAAACCUCUGAAGAGGUCGUCUUUCUAACCUGUAAGAGCUGAACCAGCUCAGUACUUGGUGGAAGCUAAUGCUACCUGUAAAUUCAGCCAUUUUGAGCAGUGAGCACUGCCAGGUAAUAUGUUGGAUACCCUACAGCACUGAAACAUUAGCUCAAGGAAAAUAUGCAGAUGGCACAAGUUAGGAAAAAAAGUAUUUUAUUAAAGAACAUAAAACUUUUUAGAAAACAACCUCCAGUCCACCUGAUGGUCUGGCUGUCGACUCCAGGAACAAAAGCUCCAGGUGUCAUUUCUCAGUGUGACGGCGAAAGCAGAAGCAGGGAUGAGCUCAGAAUCAAACUCUGCUGCAGCUGCAACUUCCCAGCAGGCGUGGAGCAGCUUUACUGUUAUUAUGGGAUGCAACUCAGAUCAACACUUUAUCUGCCAGGGGCUCAAGCUGCAUGAAGCAGUGCUUUAAUCCAAUACAUUCCUUAAUCUGAACAAUUUAUCUAAUCCACUUUGCAACUAUUAUGUAAAAGUUCAGAUUGGCUGCCAGUCUAAUUUAUCAAGCUGUUAGCUCAUCAAGCUAGCACAGCAUGGCUAACUAAGAUCAGAAGGUAUGAGGCAGCAUUUAUGCUAAAGGGUAAUAAUUACCGAACAUAUUAAAAGUUGAUGUUUCUUUACAUAUCGAGUCAAUUUUGAGUGAUGUGUUUGCAAACGACACUUCAUUGCACUUUAUUGUUGCUUUUAAGUGAGAAACGUUUUGCAGGCGAGUGCUGAUGAGGAGCAACAUGUCAGGAAGAUUAAAUAAUCUGAUGACGACCUCAAUGAAAAUGUAAGAGCCGAAAUAAAUGCUGACGGUUCCUGAAAGAAGCUCAGACAUUACAGCAAAUGAUUUGGGGAAUUUAUUGUGAAUGAAACAGAUUGUUGUGUUUUAGCUAACUCAGAAAGAUGCUAAUGCUUCAAAAACCAACAUUUUCAAUGUUUAUCAGCUCUUAUUCUGAAAUAUGACGAAUAAUCUCUGAUUUCUAAACCAAGUUCAACCAAAAUGUCUGCGUCAUAACAGCUGGAGAAGAAAAGCACAAAAUAAACCUUCCCAUUAGUUGGGAUGCAUUUUUACUGAACACAUUUCUGUUGAUGCUGUGAUGUGAUUGAAUCGUGGAAGUGGAGGGGAAGGCCGGAGUCUCCGGUCGCUUUGCUGCGGCUGAUUUAUGCCGCAGAUGUCCCAAAGUCAAGGUGAAGACGAUUUUACGAGCUACGCGCUAAUUUAUGGAGCCGCUCCAGACGCUAGCAUAAAACAGCAAAGCUUGAAAUAAAGCGGAGAGCUCUUAGAAACGAAGCUCCUCGUGUCCCGCUGGAGCCAACGGAUCAUUUACAAAAGCUAAAGUUUCCAGAUUUUUUAUUCUUUUUAAUGCGUUUUGAAAUCAUUGAGAUUUUUCAUCGUUGGGUUUAGAGUAAAUCCUAAACGUCUCAGAAACGUCUUUGCCAGGCUGGGAUUUGACGUUUUAAUGCUUUAAUGUGUGGUAAUAUAUACAAACGCUCUCCACAGCCUUGGACGUUUCCCAAUGUAUGAACCUGCUUAAUUCCUGCAUAUCAAAUAUGUUGGACUUAGUGCAUAAAUUACAAGCAAACAGCUGCUGACCUGGACAACAGGAGGACAUGAUGAUUCUUUUACAGCUGCCACUCUGGCCACUUUAUCCGCCUAAGACUCCAUUUCUUAUUUUUUACUGCCAAUAUUCUGUGUCCUUGCAAGAUUAAUGUGGUUUUAGCUGCUGUUUUACUUCCAUAAAGUGGAAAUAUAUUUAUUUAAAUAUAAAUAUGAUUUGGAGUCUAUGCAAAGGAAGGAUUUAUCUGUUGUAGCUGCAGAGAUGAGCAGAUGUUUGGAUCUGAACCGUUAAUUUUAUCACAUUGUAAAAAAAAUUGAUUUAGGAAAAUGCCAGAAGAAAAGCUGGAAAUCUAAAAAAAGUCAUUCUGGUUGCUUCACCUGCUGCUCGUUUGGCUGCAGAACUUAAAAUGUUCAUGUUGAGUCCAGAAAUGCUUCAACGGUCAUUCUAUGGAGGACUCAUCCUGCCAAAAUUACCAGGAAAUAUGGAAACAAAUAAAUGUCUUGAAUAAAUAAUUAACAGUCCCUGAAGGAUUUAAAUUUGUUUCUCAAUCAAAGUCACUGAUUUUGUGACGUAACUUAGAAAUAUUUGCUAUAAUUUUUCCUCCACAAU